GAUGUCUACGUGCCGCUGAAGAAGUAUGCCUCGGCUCACGAGGUGAACGCCAUAAAGAUAUACCAGUUUUGCGGUCCAUUGCACUUCGCGAACGUCGAGUACUUCAAGAAAGGUCUCACAUAUAGGACCAAGAUAUCCGUCAAUGAAGUGGUGGAGAAGCGGAGGAAACAGCUGAAGGCGCAGAACCGGAGGAAUGACGAGCUGAAGAAUACGUCAAAAAUUUGCGGCAAAUUUCAACGGAUGAGGACUUUCUCGCGAGAGUCACCGCAACUGCCGGUCGAGGAGGACCUGCCCACACAUAUUAUCAUCGAUUGCGGGAUGUUUUCGUACAUCGACACCACGGGGGUCACGGCCCUCAAGACCACUGUCCAGGAGUACGAGUCCAUUGGCAUUAAGACAUUCCUGGCCUCGUGUGCGGCACAUGUGGUGAAAAUGCUGGAAAAGGACGGGUUUUAUAAGGAGGUGCCCCCACACCACGUCUAUAUCACUAUUCACGACGCCGUACAUCACGCUAUGGAAGAGCAGAAGGGAGUGUUUGAACAGUUUGUGGCCAUCGAUGGUAUGGGAGGUCAAGAGGUCAACCAUAGCGAUGAGGCUAUCAAACAGGAGCCCCUUGAAUACCCCCUGAAUAUGGAUCUGAAUCAGGAAUAAACGGCUUUUUUCUUAAUCAUAAUCUCAUUGAAUGACAGCUAGUAUUAGAUAUACUUAUUAUUCAUAUUAUUUAUAUUUUGAUACAAAAAGUGAUUAAUAUUUUCUGAAAUAAGAGUUAUUUUUGGAGUGUUUAAGGGACAGAAUAUUCUGAAAUUUAACAUUCGGGUCAAUGGUUUGCAUAACUGAUAGGGUUUUGAUACUGUUAUAAGGAAUAGUGAGAUGUAUUUUCUAUAAGUUUUUGUUGGCAACCCUUUGAUCAAAAAAAUUACAAUUUAAUAAUUAUUCUAUUAUAUUUAAAAUUCACAUCGAUAUAAGCAUAUUAUAAUUUUUUAUAAUUUGAUAUAAAUUAUAUAUAUUUUCUAUUUGUUAAUAAACAC